AACUACAGCCCCAUUUUUCAACAAGCAAACUAAAUAAUCUCAUUUAUUCAUUUCUAUUAUCAUGUCCAACCUUUACAAGCAGACUGCCGGCGCCAUUAAGGAUGCCAUUAAGGAUGCCAUUGGAAGCAUGGUGGGCAACAAUGAUCUCGCUGACAAGGGCCGCAAGCAGUGGGCCGAGGGCGAGGGCAAGCAGAAUAUGCGGGAGACUCAGACUCGUCGUGAGGAGAAAACCCUUAACAUGCACCGCGCUGGCGACUCUGCUAACAAUGUCGGCGGCACUGCCAAGGAAAAGGUUGGCCAGGCCAUUGGCAACAAGAGCAUGGAUGCCAAGGACAACGCUGCGUACCACAACAAGCUUGUCAAGGACAAUGCCAGGUCCGGGUUUUAAACACACAUCGCUGCUGUAAUUUGAAAACACGAAUCAUUUGUAUAAUUUUUGUGUGUUUCAAAUGUUUUUAUAUAAAAAUUAAAUUGACAAUAUUUAUCGACCAACAUUGAUGCCAAAAUAUG